AUAAAAGAAGUUGCUAUCCAUAAAAAAGUGUCUUGAUGAUGGAGUGUGAUUCCAAUAUUGGACAGGAAGAGCAGUCAGCUGAUCUUGGAGAAGAUUGAGGAGCUGGCAUCGAGACUUGAAACAUAUCAGGAGGAGUCCAACCAAGCCAGUGCCAUGGACCAGAACAACUCCUGCACUAUACUACCACCUGCAAGAGGCCAACAUACUUUUCAGGUGGCCGACAAUCUACCAGCUCCUCAGACUGGUUUCUGUCACUUCCUGGAUGCAAGGAGUGGGUGCAAUCCUACUGAACAGAUCAAGCACAUUCACGACAGACAACAGACCAUAUUGCCGCCUCACCUCAACCAGAAUGAUAUGUCACAGUCUUACGUCAUAAACCAUCACACACCUAUCCAAGCAGUGACAAGACUUGAUUCAGACACUGAAAGGAAUAGAUCAAAAGGUUCUCCUCACUUACUGAAUUGGCUCAGACAUCUCAUUCCAGAGAAUCUAUUAAGAAGAGAUCAAGCCCCAGAGAGUUCCCAUGACUACAGGAGUCCAGGCAAACCUGCAACAUGGCAACCAAUGUCUGUGGUGGACUACGAGCACCGAUGUAGGAGUGACUCCAGGAUUGGUGACGGUGGUCACAGGCAAGAUAGGGUGACAAGUCCACACCGUGAUGGUGAUAUGAGCUUUAGCCUUGCCCGAGUCAGGUCUGCAGCUGCAUCUGGUGAUCAUGGUUACAGCAGUGUACAACACACACCAUUACAGUGUGGGCCAUUUGAUGAACGUGGACACAGGUGGUUACUUGGAAAAUAUGGACAGAAUUUGAAUAGAAGUUGUAACUCACCACAUAUUGCAGACAGGAAACAUUAUGUUUGUAGUCCAGUUGAGAGGGGCAAUUGGUGUGAUAUUGAGGUAACCAAAUCAGAGGAAUAUGUACAUGAUGAAAAUCAAAUAUACAGAAGUUUGUCAAUUGAUCCAGAAGAAUGUUUUCGACGGAGUUGCAAGACGGUUGACUGUAAAAAAGAUGCGAGAGACCGAGAGUGUGAUGUCAGUCCAUAUGUGUCCCAGAAAGGAAGUGCCAUGGAUGGUAUCUAUAUGAACACUGACAGAGGAUGUGGAAAAGAUUGUAGAAACCUGGCCACUCGGGCUGACAGUCAAUGUCAAUGUGCUGGUUCUCCUCGGAAUACCAGCGCUGAAAACUCUCAUUUUGAACAAUCACUACUCCAUUCACAGAAACGGAAUGAUCAAAGUUCUUUCACAUGCUCUUGUGCAACAGACAAUGGUUCCUUGACAAAACAGACGUCAGCAGUAAUGGAAAGGCCUAAUACUGCCUGUGUCGACAGUGAUAAACCCAACAGAGUGGUAAGAAGCCUCAAUAUAAAUGGUCCAGCCAGCUCAAAUACACCACAGAGGAAUGGGAAGAUGGUUCCUACAUCUACUUCCUGUCAAUCCUCUGUUUUUAAGACUCCAGCUCCUGUCACUGCACCAUCACAAUUUGCCUCAGUCAAGGGACAGUUCCUGAAGCCAUUGAAUACACCUCUCAGGAGGAGAACCAAGGCUCCAUCCAGCUGUGGGUCGUCCUCAUCCAGCAGCAGACGGAACGUCCGAGUUCUGGCCCGACGGUCUGUCGUGGGGAUUCAAGAGUGUGCUUCAGUGAGGCACUCGCCACUGCGGGGUCCAUCCACUCCACGGGUCACCCCUGCAGCAUCACCAGCACACUCAGAGUUCGACCUGGCUCUUCUCAGCUCCGCCAAGAGAGUCAACAGACACAGAGAGGCAGACCUCACUGAACUCUCUGGACCUUGCACGCCAACAGUGAGGAAGCUAAGUUCCCACCAGCUGAGAUGUUGGACGGAUGUCCGGCGGCCAACUGCGUGUCCGUCGCCGGCCUACUCCAAGCCCCUGUCUGUGAUGGGGUGGUCCCAGCUGUCUGACACAGAUUCAGAAUCGGUGUACACACACUCCGAGGAUGACAGCAGUAGCAGGAGCAGUGAGGCAGGAGAAGAUGACCAAGAAAAGAGAACGGACAAAGUUUCAACAAUGAAGGGUUUGUGUCCAGGUUGUCACCCUCCUAGUCAGCUGCAGUGUGAUCUCAACAGUCGUACCUACAACAUCGCCAUGGAGACCAGCAGCAGCACAUGUGACCAUCACCGUGAAAUGAGGGAGGCAGAACGGGAGUUCAUUCUCAGACAGAAAUCCAACAAGGUUGUCAAACCGUCCCGUCCUAUUCCUGCCCUUAGUGAUGUGAAUCUUUGCCGAUCCUGCCCUUCUGCUAAAGGACUUGCUGCAUAUGACUUUCGUGUUUCCAGUAGUGAAACAGAAAUUGGAAAAACAUUUGUAUCGCCACCACGCCCAACAGAUUCGAGAAACACACUGAAUGUUGUGAGACUGCAUCGGACAAGGACCAGGAAGCACAAGCGCCAACGUGUAGCAUACAGUCAGGAGGAGGUGGACAACCUGUCACAUGGGGUGGAGACGCUGGGGACCAAGUGGAACCAGAUCCUUGUCACCUACAAGUUCCACCCCUCACGCACAGCAGUGGACCUCAUGGAAAAGCACAAGAGAAUGGUAAAGUCCAGCAAUGGUUUAAAGAAAAGAGCGAGAGACAGCAAGCCAUUCUCCAUGUGUGAAGAACGCCGCUUGCGCCGAGGGGUGAAGACUUUAGGCUACAACUGGAAGGGCAUACUGAAUAUGUUCCGGUUUUCACGGGGACGCAGGGCCGAGGAACUCCGAAGCAGAUGGAGGACUCUCAUGAAGAGAGCUUCACCAUAACAACUUUCACAUGCUCUUGGAUUCUGAAACAAAUAAUGUGAUACACAGAUAUAACUUUGUGCUGGCAAAAAAGUAGAACAUUGAUCUCAUAUAUUUGCUUAAUUUAUUAUUACUUUUUUGAUAUACAUAAGAAGUGUUGUGUUAACCUUGAAUGGGUUCUGCAUGCUGCUUAAUUGUUGAUGUAAUAUUGACCUUUAGACAUUUAUUUGAGAUAUACACAUGAUGGACUUCUCAUGUUGAUCUGUAUUCUUGUUAACAAGUUGCAAACUUUUUGUCAAAUGUCAUUGCCUGUAUAUAUACUGGUAACUGUGUUACCAUUUGUUGAUACAACUUAUAUCCAGUAUUGUUGAAGAAAUUAAUAAAUUUCAUGUGAAAAUGAA